AUGAAUGGUGCCGAUGGGAAAAAACACAGGUACCUGAGUGACCAGGGUGGAAGACACAAAGAGCUGAGCAUGGGACAACAAGGGAAGAUGGGAGGCAAUAAGGAGCAUGUCCAUGGUAAGAACUUGUGUCUGGAGGGCACGUAUGCCCUCUGUGUUUGUGCCUGGAUUGGGUACAGAGGUUCAGCAGAGGACACCCAGUCCCAGCAGGGGCGCACGCUGAGGCUCAUCCUUAUUGGGAGAACAGGGGCCGGGAAGAGCGCCACUGGGAACAGCAUCCUGGGCAAGAGACGGUUCCUCUCCAGGCUGGGGGCCACAUCUGUGACCAGGGCCUGCACCACGGCCAGCCGCAGGUGGGACAAGUGGCAUGUGGAAGUAGUGGACACUCUGGACAUUUUCAGCUCCGAAGUGCCUAAGACAGACCCCGGCUGUGAGGAGAGAGGUCGCUGCUACCUGCUCUCGGCCCCCGGGCCCCACGCGCUGCUCCUGGUGACCCAGCUGGGCCGGUUCACCGCCCAGGACCAGCAAGCGGUGAGGCAGGUGAGGGACAUGUUCAGGGAGGACGUCCUGAAAUGGAAGGUCACCGUCUUCACCAGGAAGGAGGACCUGACGGGGGGCUCCCUGCAGGAUUACGUGCGCAGCACAGAGAACCAGGCCCUGCGCAAGCUAGUGGCUGAGUGCGGGGGCCGGGUCUGUGCCUUUGACAACCGGGCCACUGGCCGGGAGCAGGAGGUUCAGGCGGAGCAGCUUCUGGGGCUGGUGGAGGGCCUGGUGCGGGAGCACGAGGGCACCCACUACUCCAACGAGUUGUACGAGCUGGCGCAUCUCCUGCGCUGGGCUGGCCCGGAGGAGGGGCUUCGGAGGGUGGCGGAGGGCGUGGCCGCCCGCAUGCGGAGGAGGCCGUGGGGCGCCUGGCUGCGGGCCGGGCUGUGGGCGUGGCCGAAGCCGCACUGGAGCUGGAGGCUGGGCCUGGCACUGCUGCUGGGGGGCGCACUCCUGUUCUACGUGCUGCUCCACUGGCGCUGGUCGGCGGCCUUUGCUGAGGUCAGAUCUGACUGACAGAUUGUAAACGUGGCUCUGACCCCUCAGCUGAUAAUCGCAUUCAUCCUCCUCACUUGGUGUUCAGAGCUCACAGACUCUCCUCUCCUCCCUCACCUCGCCUUAAUCCACCACCGUGAGAGUUCUGCCGGGACCCAUCUCCCACAAAACCGUCUCAUACCACCCAGCCUCCCUGAGCAUUCUCACUACUGAAGCCAAAGACCACUGUUGCUUUGCCUCUUCUCCAGUGGCCUUGGCUGUCUUUCCCUGCACUGAGUUUUCUUCUCUCCAGAGAACAGAUGAGGGGUGCUUGUCCCCCAUUCCCUGCAGUCCCCACAGGACCACAAGCAAGAACCAUCCCAAUGCAGAGCUUCAGUCCUUUGCACCCUUGUUUAUUCGAAUGGAAUUUAUUUCCAUAAAUAAAUGUACUGCAUGAUCACAUUGUGUCAAAGGAAAUCAGUCUUUGUGGGUGUUUGCUCAUCUGCCUUACA